UGGUGGCCGAAAAGCGUUAAUCACUCACUAUGGCGGAACCAUGACAGUGAUAGCCUUCAACCCCAGGCUCGUCAGUAUGAAGGGACGAAGUAGGCCAGCGUCCUUGUUGCCCCACACCUAGGCAAGAACUUGAUUUCUACCAGGUCUGUCACGACAAAACCAGGCUCCGCCGCCUUCUUAUAUGCGCACGUCACAGGCCAAGAUGGCUCCGACCGGAUGAUACGCGUCGACAUUGACGGACGUGCAGACUAUCCUUCCGUUGAUCUCCUCGAUUGGCAUGCUUGGACGGCAAAUGCCCGAAGUUCGACUGAUAUGCGACGCCCAAAGACAUCACAUCACACUGGCAGCCAAAGUAGUCCAGUCGCUCAGCAGCAAAACAAAGCCACGUUUUGGUAUAGAAGCCUAGCGCCCCCUUCCUCCGGACUGCUAAGCCGCAUUACUCCGGCUGUUACGGUUCAUCACAUCACGGUGACAGCCAGCCAAGACCUUCCAGCCGCCUGUUGCAACUCCACCAUAAUCACGGUAACAGCUCAGUCCAGCCACCCCUCUCAAGACACUUCCGCCUGUUCAUACACCGUGUCUACCGACCUUAUCGGAUCACUGCCUUCCUCCUCCUACAUUUACAGUCAGAUCAUCGUCGAUCACCACUGCUGCAGGGUGUCGACAAAGCCACUGGGCAGCAAGAAUGAGGCUUUCCCAUGAAUCCACACCUGGCGGAAAAUGUUGGCUUGUGAGCGACGUGAAGAGCUGCCGUGCCAAAUCCACUGCGAUCAAGGCGAACUGUGGUGGAAUGACUUCCGCCUGUGGACCGCAGGCCUUGGCUUCAAGACCUCCGCAGGACCAACUGCUGUGUCGACUAGCAAUCCAUAUCCUGAAUGCACUAACCUCCAUGUUGAGGCAGUUGCUCGCUGCCUACUUCAUGAUAGCCGC